AUGCCGGUGUGGGGUAUGACCCGCCUGUUCACCGUCCCAGCCUUACAUGAUACUCGGAAUCUGGGCGAGGGGCACACGCACCGAGCUGCCGCGGGAUCGGGUUUGAUCUUCCUGAACCCGGGCACCGCCUACGCCCCGCCCCUGAGCGCUGCGCAGCGGGCGGCGGCGGCCGGCCUCAAGGACUGGCGCCAGGGCACCGGCACCGUGUCCGCGGCCCGCGACUUCCAGGAGACGGGCGUGCAGACGCUGAACUGCGGCAUCGGGUACCUGAACCCCCACUUCACCUACUACUACGCGGGCGUGUCCGCCACCUACUACGCGGCGGGGCAGUACUGCGGCAUGUGCCUCAACGUCACCUGCGUGGACACCGUCUGCCCGCAUGCCAUGCUGGACUAUGCCCUCUUCAUGCUCGUCGACUCCUGCGCCUCCUGCGAGGGCGACGACAUCACCAUCUCCGCGCCGGGGCUGGGCAACAUCACCGACGUGGACUACAACAUCAACCCCGUCAUGAAGCUGGCCUGGCAGCCCGUGGCCUGCAACUCCCUCAUCACGGGUGGCAUCCGGCUCUGGCCCAGCACGCAGAACAACCAAUACUUCAUCGGCAUCAACUUUUCCAACCUGAAGGAGCUGCUGACCUCCGUCACCCUCUCCGGCAUCGCCAUGGCCUACCAGAGCUACGGCUAUUGGACCAUCAACACGCCCGGCACCCCCAUACCGAUCUCGGCACCCUACACCCUGCAGCUCACCGCACAGACCGGCGAGACGCUGAGCCUCAACAUCCCCAGCAUCAUCCCCCUGGACCUGGGCGUGAACUUCUCCUGA